UGGUGUGUAUAAAAACUUUCUUUUGGUAUUUCGAACUACCAAACCCCUCGAGAACAAAAUAAAUAAAUAAAUAAAAUACAGUGUCACUUUUGCCAUGAGUUCACACAAACAUACACACCCCAAAGUCGCUCGUAUAUAUAAAUGCAAUAUAGAGCAGCAUCUACCGUUAUAAUAUCUGAACCACACUAAUUUCCAGAACUCAAAGUAACAAAGGCAUAAUAAUGUCUUCUCAACUUCAAAUUUCCCAAUGCCUCAAAAUAUCUGUGUUCAUUUUUGUACUCGUCUCUGUUUCAAUUUCUGUAGUUGAAUCCAUUACAUCUCCAUCAGAUGUUAGAGCACUUCAAGCUUUCAAAGCCUCCAUAAAGUCUUCUUCAAUUCCAUCCUAUUCAUGUCUAGGUUCAUGGAACUUCACCAACGAUCCUUGUGCUGUUCCUCGUACUUACUUCACUUGCGGCAUCCUCUGCGACGGCAACCGAAUCACCCAACUCAGUCUCGACUCACCGGGCUACAUCGGCCGGCUGACACCACUGAUUUCUCAGCUCACUGAGCUCGUGAAGAUUGACCUUGGCAACAACAAAUUCUACGGUCCAAUCCCGCCUCUCAAUUCGUUAACCAAGUUGGAAAUUCUGAUAUUGAAGUUUAAUUACUUCUCCGGCUCCAUCCCGCCUUCAUUAACCUUGCUGAAAGAGCUUGAGAUUGUUGAUCUUUCGCAUAAUGUGCUCACCGGAGCUUUGCCGGAGUCCAUCAGCUCGAUGAACAGUUUGACAAGACUUGACCUGAGCUACAACAAGCUCACCGGAUCACUCCCCAAAAAGCUCCCAUCCAACCUAAUUGAACUCGCCGCCAAAGCCAAUUCUCUAUCUGGGUCGCUCACGAAAUCCACAUUCGACGGCCUAGCUCAGCUGGAAGUGGUGGAGCUCAGCGAAAAUUGGUUGGCCGGAGCAAUUGAGCCGUGGUUUUUCCUCAUGCCGGCGCUGCAGCAGGUGGACUUGUCCAAUAACAGCUUCACACGUAUAGAGAUCUGGAAACCCACGGAUAUGAACAGUGACCUCAUCGCCGUCGAUCUGGGUUUCAACAGCAUCGAAGGGUACUUGCCAGCCAACUUCGCGGCAUAUCCCCUGCUUUCAUCUCUGUCUCUACGGUACAACCGGUUCCGUGGCCGAAUCCCGCUGGAGUACAGCAAGAAGGAGUCGUUGAAGCGGCUGUAUCUGGACGGGAAUUUCUUGAACGGGUCACCGCCGGACGGAUUCUUCAACGGCGGCGCGUCGGUUUCGUCCGGGAGUUUGGGGGAUAAUUGCCUACAAAAAUGUCCGGUAUCUUCGCAACUUUGCUUAAAAUCACAGAAACCUUCGUCGAUUUGCCAGCAUGCUUACGGGGGCAAACCAAGGUCUUAGUGUCAGAUGUCUGCAGAUUUUUUUUUAUUUUUCAUGAAUUAAUUUAUAUUGAAAAAAAAAAAAACUGUAACAAAUUAAUUUCCGUAUGUUAACACAUAGCCCAAAGAAUAAUUGCAGUGUUAUUCUUAUGGGAAAGUAUAUAUGUAUAUUGUUUUUAACUUUGUAAGGACAAUAAUUACGCCGAAUUGCUGUAAAAUGUGCUACUGGUAGUACAAAUAUUCUUUUGUAGAAAUAUAUAAAUGAGCAGUGGAAUAUUGCGGGAAAAAAUGGUAGUAUUUUGUCAGCCUGUCAGGCGGCGGAGGUGUUAAUGUUGUUUAAAGGGGUUUGGUUGGUGGUGUGAGCGCGAUUCUUGCAACCGGCCGUCAGCCAAAUUCCGCCAUCACGGGUGAAACGCGUAUAGAAUAUUUAUGAAAUCAAAUGUAACACUGAGUUCUCGUUGACCGGAUUGUCUUCCUUCUGUAUUAGUAUUUUACUAUUUUUCACUUAGAUUUAAU